AUGCCCACAAGGCACUCGUUGAAUCCAAACGAUGCAGAUGAUUCUGAUUCUUCUGAAAGCUCUCUCUCUCCAAUUCGAGUGCCUCGACGUUCAGCCACAGUCUCUCCUAGUACCCGUAAUUCAUUCAAGCAGCAUCAAGCGAGAAGACGUUCUGAUUUCAAUUUGAAUAUUGAAAAGUCUCGUGAGCGAGAAAGAGAACGUCGUCAACGGAGUAUCUACGCAAGUCGGGAAAGAAGCGAAAGUCGUAAAAGAUUGAGAAAAACAAAUUCAGAACCAAAUGUUGAAGGAGCUCCACAAGACCAAUUGGAUAUUGAUACUUUACGGAUUAUAUUGGAUCAUUUACCAAAGCUUACAUCAUCAGUCACCCAAAAUGAUAGUGAUUCUGGUGGAGAAGACAUGAGCACUGAAAUUGAAGAGCUACGUGAUGCUGCUAAGUCUAUUCAAAGUCUACAACGUGUUCUCAAACUACCACCUCAACAUUCAUCUGAUCGAGGAGUAUUUUCGGAUGCUGAUGACGCUUCUACAGCAACAGAUACCGGAACAGAAGGCCGUGUUUCUGGUAUUUCUACUAAAUUUGGUCAUCCACGUGGAGUGAUGCAGUUCCUCCCAUCUAUACGUCACGAUAGCUUUGGAUCUAGUCAAUCGGACACAUACCGUUCGAGAAAUUCCAUCAGUCGAAAGACUUCAGCACCUGAUCCAUCAUACCUUGCUUAUCCAGAAAGCAUAUCUGUUGAGAAAAGCCCGCGAACAAGGAGACGUGGUGUCGUAGAUGAGCUAUACUCAUCGACAAAUCAGCUGUUAGAUCGUAAAGGCUCUGAAAGCUUAGCCGGAGUAAGCCGUUUCUCGAAAUUGCUUAAGAGUUUUCGUUCACGUCCAAAUUCCCCAGAUCAACAUCCCACAAUCACAUGGAGUCCAUACGUCUACUCACAAUCCGCAGAUGAGGAAUGCCAAAUGGAUAAUUCCUUAUUAGAAGCAGAUAUCAUGUUGUGGAAGAAGAGAUCAAGAGCAAGUUUAAGGAGACAUUACAGUGUUCGAAACUUAGCUGCGAGGGAGUUAUUUGAUACAGAAAAAUCUUUUGUUGAAGGUUUGGAAUUCCUUGUGACGAAAUACAUGAGACCGUUACGUCAACCACUUGAGUGUACACUCAUUGAAGCUGGAUUGGUCGAUAAAAUAUUUUAUCGAAUUCCAGAGAUACUAGCUCAUCAUCAAGUUUUACUAGCAGCACUCAGUUCGCGGAUUGAGAAUUGGCAUAAAGACUCUGUCAUCGGAGAUGUACUAUUGGGACAUUUUUCAAAGCAAUCAAUGAUUGAAACAUACAUAUCGUUUGUUGAUAACUUCAAGGCAGCCAAACAAGCUAUUGCUCAAGCACGUCUUAAACCAUCAUUCGAGAAAUAUUAUAAUAGAUGCUGUAGAGAUCAUAGGAACAAGCUUGAUUUGGAUUCUCUGCUGAUAUCCCCAAUUCAGCGUAUUCCAAGAUAUGAGUUGAUGGUUAAGCAACUGUUGAAACAUACACCAGCAGAACACAGCGAUCACGAACGCCUGAGUCGAGCUCAACGACAUAUCCAUAACUUGGCGAUAGCAAUAAAUCAACAUAAAGAUGCUCAUGAACAACAAGAACAACGUUUGAGAGAGAUCGAAGCUAUUGUGGAUGGGCUGGAUGAUCUUGUAUCAUCGGGAAGAAACCUUAUACGAUAUGAUAUGGUUACAAUGCAUGGAAGGGAAGGCAAGCAGCAACGCUGUGUCUUCACUUUGAGUGAUCAACUUCUUCUUACAAGUGUAAAAAGGAAGAACCCUAAUAGGAAUGGAAAACUCAUAACUCAAUCAGCGGACUUUCUAGACAGCAACAAAUUCAAAUUGCUUAUUAAGAUUUCGUUAGAUGAUGUUCAAAUUGGCAAAGAUACAUUGGCUAUGCUCCAAGAAACAGAGAGCGCCAUCGAAUCAGUACGAGAGGAUGAGAAAGUUAUUAAAAAAAUAAUUGAAUUAGCUAACCUAUUGAAAUCUAAUAAGGAGAAGCUCAUGGGUAUACUCGAUGAAGUUGAUUCAGAUAAUUCAAAAAGACUUCGCUCAUUGACUGACCAAAUGACAACCAAUCCCGAUCUGACAACAGUUCAAUUGAGUGUUGCCACGAUAAAUGGAUUAGAGAUCGUUCCAUUAGAGUUCGGAAAUGCUGAAAAACGGGCAGCCUGGGAGUGUGCGUUCCGUGAGACCAAAGCUUCAUUGAUUAAUCAACAGUUAUCAGCAUCACCAAGCCAACUGAAAUCAGUUAUUGCUCAUCAAACUAGGCCGGGAUUACAGUUAUGUCAAGCUACCGUGGUACCUGGUAAGCGUGUUGAUAGUACACCAUCAGUAUGGAUAUGUGCCAGUGAUAAAUUCAGUGGCCAAGUUGCUGUGGUUUCAUUGGAAAACGGUGAGCCGACCAUAGAAAGCAGUGCUGGAAUAGGAAAUGCAGCUAUCACAGCGGCAUGUACGGUGCCUCCACCAAUGAAACCAAAAAAGAGAAAAAUGAGAACUCAAAAAUCACUGGAUCUCUUGAGCAGGAAUGAGAGCUUAUUAGAUCUGCAUAGUAGUGGUGAAUCAUCUGACUCAUCAUCUGAAGAUGGAGUUGUUCCCUCCGGACAGACGACCGUAUGGAUAGGAAAUGAAGAUGGAGAAGUGUUUGUUAUGAAUUCUACGGAUCGUGUUCGAACAAGACCACGUGAAAGAGUUGCUCGCUUGGCCAAUCCUGUGACAGCAAUUUGCCCUUGUAACGGAUUUGUUUAUAUCGCUACUUCUACGGAUUCUGAUCCCAUUCUCAUGUGCUUUAAACCGUUAUCAGAUAGAUCAUGGGAUUUGGAUAAUCCAACAAUCCUUCAACAUGGCCUCAAAUCCUCAAUAAACGCCUUGGAAAUAAUUGGACGGAGAUUGAUAGUUGCCAGCUCGUCCAGUAUUCAUAUCUUUGACACGGAAACUUUGAAAUGGCAGAGUUCUCCGGGAUUCUUACCUCCGGGUGAUGAGGUCACCGUUAUGAGUGCUGCUGGAACGAUUAUCUAUGCAUCCGGGAAAACAUCUACCACAGUUCAUGCACUUGAUGCUUUCACCUUGGAGAUACUGAGUCAUUUCAGUAUUUCAGCUGUCAUUCGAACUCAAUUAGCAGGAAGAGAAGAUAUAUUACGUGAACAUAAAAUGGGAUGUUUACGGAUAUCAUGUAUGACUGUCUCUCGAUGGCAUUUAUGGAUUGGCACAUCUGCUGGGUUUGUAGUUUGUGCUCCAUUGAAUUCGGCUCGGUCACAACCUAAUCCUAGCUUAACAGUAUGUGACGUAGCACAUAGUGGUCCAUCACGUGUAUUAAUACCUAUCAAUAUCACAAUCAGUAAGAAGCAGAAGAGGAUGUCAUUGAACAUACCAGCUCAACAAGCAUCAGAGUUGCUGAUAUUGAGUUGUGGUGAAGGAUUGGAAGAGCGAGACUCUCAACAAGACCCAGCUACAGACUCUGUGAAUCAUCUGCUUUUUUGGAAAUGCCAUUAA